AAGCCAGUUUGUCGCAAGAAAGAAGUAGCGAUGUCUGAGAAAAAGCGAGGCGGUGGAGGAGGAGGAGGGGGAGGGAGGGAGAGAGAUCCCGCCGAGUCGACCCUGCACGAAGUGGCGGAGGUGUACGUGUACAUUCCUCCGGAGAUCUCGGCCGCCGGGGUAGAGCUGAAACUGGCCGGAUCAGUACGAGUCGUCAAUAAGAGUGGGGAAUACCACUUAACUUGGUCGCCUUUUGAUCUAACUCAACAAGAGGUGGCGUCGCUCUACUUGGCACAGGCCGAUAGCUGGGCCAUGGUGGACCAGUUCGUUGAGCCGCCAGAACUAAUUGAGACGAGGGAACACUCAUUCCCAGACGCCCAGUACAGCAUGGGGACUCUGGAUGCCCCUGACCCCAUUCUGAUGAGUCCUACAAGGGUCCUAGAAGGUGGGAAAUCCCCCAGCACGUCAGCCAUUGAAACAGAACAAGAGGAAGAGGCUAGAGUGACAGGAAUAGGUGCUCGCUCCUCUCGUGAUGGAGAGGCACAUAUUUCGGGGAUCGUUACCCAGGGGCGAGGUGGUCCCUCCUCCUCCUCUUCUCCGGCAGGCGAGAAGGCCAAGCAGCUGCAAGACACCGUCAAUUUCCCUCUCUCCCAACUUCACUCCAUUCGGGAGACAAUCAGUCUGCUGUCACCUGGGAAACGGUCCUUAACAUUCUAUCUGAAGGAUGGAAGUGAAUUGCCGACACUCCAUUUCCAUGACGGCGGAACAAACAGUCUGUUCAUGGUGUUUCGAAGAUUUGUCUAUUUUGAGACGGAUCGCCGUGACAACCGUCUCCACGUGGUGAAGGAAUUCAACAAGAAAGCGGACCGUCCCAGACAAAAUACCACCUCUAACCCCAAGAAAGCUGCAGUGGAGGUGGGUUUACAGGGUAUUGUGACUGGGGUGUUGGGAGGAGCCAUGGGAAAUUUUAUAGGAAUAACGCGAGCUGUGAGGCAAAAAUUCAUCCCCGAUACAAGACUUCAAGAAGUCCGUCCUGGCACAGAAGAAGACGACGAAUUUGCAGAGAAGAUUCAAACGGUGGCCAUGAGCGAGGCGAUAUCGAGGGAGGGAGAGAGGAGGGACCCUGAUCCAGACAUGUCUCUCAUCACCGACUUCCAAGUCAUCACUGACAUACGAGGCAAGCUGCCUCCCCGUCCCCCUCCCCUACCUCUCCAACCUCCUCUCAGUCACACAGAGUGGGAGAGUCUCAGAGAUGGCGAGGGGAGGAUCAGUCCUCGCCAACAGACCAGAUUCAGAGCAAUAGUGUUCUCUGGAGGUAUAGAGCCGUCGGUUCGGAAGGAGGCGUGGCGUUAUCUCCUGAACUAUUUUCCGUUCAACUCGACUGAUAUUGAGAGAAUGGAGCUACAGCUGCAAAGAGAGAAGGAAUACUGGAUGAUGAAAAGCCAGUGGCAAAGCUUCACGGAAUCUCAGGAACAGAGGUUCUCCAAAUGGAGAGAGGCCAAAGUCCUCAUCAAUAAGGAUGUUCUGAGAACAGACAGGGAGGUGGACAUGUUCCGUGACAGCAAGUGCCACAGGUUGACACAGCUGGAAGACAUCCUGAGGACAUAUGUCAUGUACAACUUUGACCUUGGAUAUGUACAGGGAAUGAGUGAUCUCUUGGCUCCUCUACUGGUUGUCAUGGAGAAUGAGGUCGACACUUUCUGGUGCUUCGUUGGUUUCAUGGACAUGGUGGGUCACCAUUUCGAGGAGUCACAGACAGGUAUGAGGAACCGGCUCAAGCAGCUGCGAGCUCUUCUCAACGUGGCUGACCCUGACUUCUACUCUUUCCUCAGUGAGUGGAGGACUACUGCCACAUACAUAUAUUAUAUAGGAGAGAGAGAG